GAGCUCACAUGCUGAUCUGCUUCGUCAUUCCCAGGACCUGGAGCUCAAGCGCUGCUCUACUUUGGUUUGAUCAACUCCCCUAUUUCUCAUGGAAGUAAAUGGUUGAAUUUGAUCAAUUUCUCUAUUUGUCCAUGGAAGAAGAAACUAUGAAAGAAACAGAGGUGGCAGAGGAGAUUAACAGAUCAAGCAAUGAUCCUAAUUUAAAUAGAGUUGUACUGCCAGGUUUGGUACCUCAUGUUGGCAUGGAAUUUACAAAUUCAGAUGAAGCUUGGGCAUUUUGGCUGAGCUAUAGUGGGCAGCAAGGCUUUGAGGUCAGAAAAAGGUAUACAAACAAAAGAGCAUCUGAUGGGAAAGUUACAUCAUGUAAAUUUGUUUGUGCAAAUGAGGGUCAUCGAUCACAAGACAAAAUGGACCAUUUAACAAAGUUGCCUCGAGCUGAAACUAGAACCGAUUGCCAAGUGCACAUGAGUGUUAACAUGGACCGGAAAAAGGAAAAUCUCAAAGUGACUAAGCUGAUUUUGGAACACAAUCACACACUGCACCUGCCAGAAACUUUACAUUUAAUGGUGUCACAGAGGAAAAUUUCAGAGUUACAAGCUUUUGAAAUUGAAAUGGCAGAUGAUGCAGGUAUUGGGCCAAAAGCCUCACAUGAGUUUGCAAGUCGCCAAGUUGGUGGAGGACUCAAUCUUAGCUAUACCCUCCGUGAUCACAAGAAUUAUUUGCGGACCAAGCGCCAACGAGAAAUGGCAUAUGGCCAAGCAGGUAGCAUGCUUAAGUAUUUUCAAGACAAGAUUGCUGAAAACCCAUCAUUCCAAUAUGCAUUGCAAAUGGAUUGUGAAGAACAAAUAGCAAACAUAUUUUGGACUGAUGCUAAAAUGAUCAUGGACUAUGCACAUUUUGGCGAUGUGGUUAGUUUUGACACUACUUUUGGAACAAACAAAGAGAGUAGGCCCUUCGGUGUUUUUGUCGGAUUCAAUCACUUUAGAGAAACUGUAGUUUUUGGUGCAGCUCUCAUGUAUGAUGAGACCUUUGCAUCUUUCAAGUGGUUGUUUGAGGCCUUUCUAAAUGCUCAUAAAGGAAAGGUGCCUGAAACAUUAUAUACAGAUCAAGAUGCCGCAAUGGGAAAGGCAGUUGGAGAAGUGAAUGAGAAGUACACAAUUGAGUGA